UGAAAGUAAAACUAACUGGAGGAACAUUGAUAGCGACGCAUUACGUAAACUACUAAACUUUGCUAAACAACAGAAUAUAUCUUCAGUGAUUGUAAGAGUUAAUCUUCACUCACAGGAGUGUCAACCUCCAGUGAUCCAAUGACUGAGAGGCUUCUGUGUUCAAUCUGUCUGGAUGUGUUCAGUGAUCCAGUCAGCACUCCAUGUGGACACAACUUCUGUAAGAUCUGUCUCAGUACACACUGGAACAACAGUCAAGACUGCAGAUGUCCAAACUGUAAUGAAACAUUCAAGCAGAGACCUGAUCUCAAGAUUAAUACAACACUCAGAGACGUUGUGGAUGAACAUAAGAAGAAAUGUCAUGAAGAACAAGCUGAAGUUGUGUGUGACAUCUGUAGUGAAGGAAAGCUGAAGGCUGUGAAGUCAAAGUCUUUACUUUUUACUUCACUGAAUUCAAAAUGUGCUCAUUCAGAUUGAACUGUUGAAAGCACAGACAGACGUGCAGCAGAUGAUCCAAGACAGAAUCAAGAAGAUUCAAGAUAUCAAACAUUCAGCAGAAUUUACAAGAUGAUCUCAUGCGCUCCGUUGAGAGAUGUCAGUCUGAACUGCUGGAGAUGAUGGAGGAGAAGCAGAAAGCAGCAGAGAAACAUGAUGAAGAUGUCAUUAAAGAUCUGGAGCAGGAGAUCACUGAACUGAAGAAGAGAAACAUUGAGCUGGAGCAGAUCUCACACACUCAACAUCAUCUACAGCUCAUACAGGAGAUACAUGUGAGAUCUCUGGUGUCUUUUUCUCAGGAGAAUCAACUGAAAACCUGCAGAGGUCAGCAAAAGUCUUCAAUUGCUCUUCAUUUAACGUCACUGCUGUUUGAUAGAAUCAGAUCUCAUCUGUGGUUCCUUGUGUCUGUGGGAAUCUCUCUGCUGAUGUUCUUCUACUUUUCUUCUUCCACUAUUGAGACUCUCAACAUUGAGAAACUUCAAGAAGCUGGUAGGUGAAAUGAAAUCCACUGGAGAAUAUCUUUUAUUUUUAAUUGUUGAAAAGAAACCACUUUAUUGUGAUAUUGUCUCAGGUUGUGUGUGUGUGUGUGUGUGUGUGCGUGUGUGAGCAUGUGUGCACGUGUGUGCGUAUGCAUGUGUGUUUAGGUUAGAAGGGUGUGGUUAGGGUUUUGUCUGUACAGUGAUGAAGUGGAUGCAGCAGUAUGCAGUGGAUGUGACUCUGGAUCCUGAUACAGCUCAUCCUGAACUCAUUCUUUCUGAUGAUGAGAAACAAGUGAGACAUGGAGACAAUUGGCUCGAUCCAUUACCCAAGGGGAUUUUAUGAAGAUCUCUGUCUUGGAAAAGGAGGGAUUCUCUUCAGAGUAAUUUACCCAAGACUGGUCAGAAUGCCUUGAGGCGUUAGCGAAAGUGAAACCAGCUGGAUGAACGAUACAGAGGCGUUCACUCAGUGAAAUAUCUGUCUUUCAACAAUCAAACGACACAACAUUUCUUCAGUCGUUGUAAGAGUGAACACAGCGGAUCCUCACUCACAGUGAUGUCAUCCUCCAGUGAUCCAAUGACUGAGAGGCUUCUGUGUUCAAUCUGUCUGGAUGUGUUCAGUGAUCCAGUCAGCACUCCAUGUGGACACAACUUCUGUAAGAUCUGUCUCAGUACAUACUGGAACAACAGUCAAGACUGCAGAUGUCCAAACUGUAAAGAAACAUUCAAGCAGAGACCUGAUCUCAAGAUUAAUACAACACUCAGAGACGUUGUGGAUGAACAUAAGAAGAAAUGUCAUGAAGAACAAGCUGAAGUUGUGUGUGACAUCUGUAGUGAAGGAAAGCUGAAGGCUGUGAAGUCGUGUCUGGUGUGUCAGAGCUCUUACUGUGAAACUCACCUGGAGCCUCAUUUGAGAGUGUCAGGAUUACAGAAACACAAACUGAUGGAUCCUGUGAAGAAUCUGCAGGAUUAUAUAUGUCAGAAACAUGACAGACCUCUGGAGCUCUUCUGUAGAGAUGAUCACACAUGUGUGUGUCUGUCCUGCGCUGAUGGAGAUCACAAGAACCACAACACUGUUCCUUUAAGAGAGGAAAAACAUCAGAAACACUUGAGUCGUCUGCAGAAGUCUUCAUCUGACGGUUCUUUUAAGUUCUGGUUCCUGGUUGUGGGACUUGUCCUGUGUUUGUUGUCUGCUUGUUUAAUUCAGGUUUACAAAGACAUGCAACGCCGUGAAGCUGAAACAUUAGAAAGACUUGAGUCAUCAAAAACGGAAAUCACUGAACUGAAUAUGAGAAACAGUGAGCUGGACUUAGACAUGCAACGCUGUGAAGCUGUGUUGAAGUGGAUGCAGCAGUAUGCAGUGGAUGUGACUCUGGAUCCUGACACAGCUCAUCCUGAACUCAUCCUGUCUGAUGAUGAGAAACAAGUGAGACAUGGAGGCAUUAGACAUAAACUCCCAGACAACCCAAAGAGGUUUGAUGGAUAUCCAAUUGUUCUGGGAAAGGAGGGAUUCUCAUCAGGGAGAUUUUAUUAUGAGGUUCAGGUGAAGGGAAAGACUCAAUGGAUUUUAGGAGUGGUCAGAGAAUCUAUUAACAGGAAGGAAUUCAUAACACUAACACCAGUGAAGGGAUUCUGGGCUGUGAUUAUGAUAAUCGAGAACUACUAUUUAGCUCUUGGUGAUCCCCCUGUCUCUCUGUCUCUGAGUGUAAAGCCACUGAAGGUGGGUGUGUUUGUGGAUUAUGAGGAGGGUUUGGUCUCCUUCUAUGAUGUGGACAACAGAUCUCAUAUCUACUCUUUCACUGAUCAAUCCUUCACUGAGAAACUCUAUCCAUAUUUUUGUCCUGGUCUGAAUGAUAAAGGUAAAAACCCAUUGAUCAUCACACCUGUCAUAAAAUAAACAAUUGCUUUUCAUAAUUAAAAAUAAAAAAUGAAGCCUGUCUUUUUUGGAUGACAAUAAAAUGUAUUUUACACUUGCAGCUGUUAUUCAGUUUUUUUAUGUGCAGUAAAUGGGUAGUCGACACAUGACAGUUCUUUAAUCAGUUGUCAGUCAUCAAGAUUUUACAUUAAAAUGUAUAUG